AUGGCUUAUAAAACUGCUGCUUAUAGAACUGCUGCUUACAGAAUUGCUGCUUGUAGAACUAUUGCUUACAGAACUGCUGCUUGUAGAACUGCUGCUUACAGAACUGCUGCUUGUAGAACUGCUGCUUGUAGAACUGCUGCUUGUAAAAUUGCUGCUUAUAGAACUGCUGCUUAUAGAACUGCUACUUGUAGAACUGCUGCUUGUAGAACUGCUGCUUGUAGAACUGCUGCUUGUAGAACUGCUGCUUAUAGAACUGCUGCUUGUAGAACUGCUGCUUAUAAAAACACUGCUUAUAAAAACGCUGCUUAUAAAAAUGUUGCUUAUAAAAAUGCUGCUUAA